AUUUUACCUGAAAUGUUCUUUUGCCUAAAGUUCCUGUGUUAUUAAUGUAGUUAAUUAAAAAAAGGGGGGAGCUCAGCGUUAUUGAUAUUAUUAACAUGAGAUACACUAUUUUCAGUGACGAUAUAAGAUUCGGACUUUUGCUGGGAGGAAAUUUUAGUCACUGGAUCUCUUGGAAUUUUAAUUGAAUUCCCCUGUUAUAUAUAAUGCGGGUAUUAAACUCCGUGUUGUUUACAAUCGGACACCUUUUUAUCGGGCCUGCUGUGAUUGGUUAGACUCCAACACGACUAUGUAGUGCACAGUGUAGGGUGUAAUCGCCAUGACAACGCAGACUAUGGAGUGCACACUUAGAGGGAGGGGCCUAGUGAUUGUGACCGAGCCGCAGCUGUCGGCACUAUAGUGACUUUCUGCUCCAUAUGAAGCUACCUGUAGCUCCGCCCAGAUUGUGGGAGGGGUUUAGAGACUGAACUUCCUCACUGUACAGAGCACCACAUCAGAGAUGAAGUGAUUUCUUUGAAUCAUGGACCAUGCGGCGUCCCGGACCCAUUCGUCCCUCUGUGCAGAGGAAGAAGCUCCUGUGGUGGGAAACCAUGCUGAGCACUGUCCUGGUAAUCAGACGUUCCAGGCGUUGUUGAGUGUGGACACGGAGACGGAGCUGCAGAGAGCCGUACACUCCACAGACGCCUCCACCAACACGACACCGAAGCGAUGCUGUGGGUGGCUGAGGAAGCUGUGCUCGUGUCCUCCACGUGGCCUGCUGGCAUCGAUUAUUACCAAAGCAUCCAUGGCCGCAGUGUUAUUUGGUGUGAUUUGGUCCAUCACUGAGGACCAGUGUCUCCCUGGAGGAAACUUGUUCGGCAUAUUUACUGUUUUUAUCUGCUCUCUGAUUGGAGGAAAGCUGGUGGGACUCGUACAUCUGCCCCGCCUCCCACCCCUCCCUCCUCUCCUGGGUAUGUUAUUAGUAGGUAUCCUCCUCAGGAACAUCCCCGUGGUGACGGAGGCCGUCUACAUCAACUUCAGAUGGUCCGCCUCACUCAGGAACAUCGCCCUGGCUGUCAUUCUGACCCGAGCUGGACUGGGAUUGGACGCCUCGGCGCUGAAGAAGCUGAAGGUGGUGUGUGUUCGUGUGGCUGCUGGUCCAUGUCUCGUCGAAGCCUUCACUGUGGCUCUGCUCUCUCACUUCCUCAUGGGGCUUCCCUGGAUCUGGGGCCUUAUACUGGGGUUCGUUUUGGGUGCCGUGUCUCCAGCUGUGGUGGUUCCCUCCAUGCUGCUGCUGCAGAAGGACGGGUACGGGGCGGAGCAGGGCAUCCCCACGCUCUUAAUGGCCGCCGGCAGCUUAGACGAUGUCCUGGCUAUCACAGGGUUCACCACCUGCCUCGGCAUCGCCUUCGCCACCGGUUCCACAUGGUUCAACAUCCUGCGAGGGUUUUUAGAGGUUUUAGGAGGCGUGGUUGUGGGUUUGGCUCUUGGCUUCUUCCUCCGCUAUUUUCCCAACAAAGAUCAGAAAGCUGUGGUACUGAAACGUUCCUUCCUGCUGCUGGGUCUCAGUGUGUUCUCCGUGUUCAGCUCUAAUGUGGCCGGGUUCCCCGGUUCUGGUGGACUCUGUACACUCGUCCUUGCAUUCCUCGCUGGAACAGGCUGGGAAGAGAACAAGGCUCCUGUAGAGAAGGUUGUAGGUCUGGUAUGGGACAUGUUUCAGCCUCUGUUGUUUGGGCUGAUUGGUGCUGAAAUCCGCAUAAGUGCUCUAGAGCCCAUCACUGUGGCUCUCGGCCUUACUACUCUCAGCAUUGCCCUGUGUGUGAGGAUCUUCAUCACCUUCCUCAUGGUUCUCUGUGCUGGAUUUAAUCUUAAAGAGAAGGUCUUCAUCGCUCUGGCCUGGAUGCCUAAAGCCACUGUUCAGGCUGCGAUUGGCUCGACGGCUCUGGACAUGGCGCGAGUGAAGCAGGAUGAGGAGCUUCAGCGGUUUGGGAUGGACGUGCUGAGCGUAGCUGUUCUCUCCAUCAUCAUCACUGCUCCAGUCGGAGCGCUGCUUAUCGGCCUGUGUGGGCCGCGCCUACUGAGGAGAUCCCAGAAUCCUGAGGGGGCUGGUACUCUGUCUCCAUCAGAUGCUCAGGUCACCUAUGAGAGUGCAGUCUGAGGGUUUACAGUACACACUGUCAGAAGAUCUCUGGCUCUAACUCUGACUCCUCUGUGUCUCUGCUCUGACUCCUCUGUAUCUCUACUCUGACUCCUGCGUGUCUCUACUCUGACUCUGCUGUAAUAUUAGCCUUUAGUCUUCUCUGUGACUCCAGUGUGUAUGUGACUCCUCUGUGUCUCUGACUCUGCUGUGACUUUUCUCUGAUGUGUCUGUGACUCUGCUCUGACUCCUUUGGUACUCAUAUUUUACUGUGACUUCUCUGGGUCACAUAAAUAACGGUGUUCUGGUGUUGUAUGUCUUAUGAUUUUUUGUAAAAAAUGUCAUUUUUUUAAGGACUUUUAUAUUAACAUUUAUAAGCUCACUGUAUAUGAAGAGUGGAAAAAAUGUAAAAAAAAAAAAAAAAAAGAAGAAAAAUUAUUUAUAAUGUAUAAAUGUUAUAUAUGUAUAAAAUUUUUUUAGUGUUUAUUUAAAAUCUUUGCUGUAAAUUAACAAAGUGAGUGUGUGUUAAAGUCAAAAUAACCUCAUGCUGGAAUUCUAAAUAAAUCAGAGUAAUUCAUAUAUAAGGACGUCUAUGUGCUCCUACUGUAAGAGCUUUGUAGUGUUAAUGUGUUCAGGUGAUCGUGCUCAUGUCAUUUAUACAGCUACGUUCAGUGUCUAUAACAUGAUUUAUUCACUGUUCCUUUUUUAUUAUAUAGACAUUACAGUAUCUAACUCUACAUGAUCUUUGAGUUUUGAAUGUACAGUUUCAUUAAAUCUAACUUGUUGGUUUUGCUGAA